CAGGUGGCGCUGGCAACCCUAUUUUUAGAAAUGGUUGUUUCCCGACCUCACAUAAGGUACCCUCGCAUUACGUCGAUUUGAUAUAUGAAAAAGCCAAAGAAGUUCGAAAGUCAGUGCUAUUUUUAUUAGGAAACUCCUUACUGAUGACGUAUUUCACACUUUCUUCGCUGGAACAGAACAGAAAUGGAUGAAUACUCCCAGGACUUGUUUGGAGAUCAAGAGGAAGCUGGACCAAGCUCACAGACAGAGGUUAUUCCAGUAGAAAGUGAUUCAGACUCCACCCAACCACCAGACAGUGGAGAGUACGAGUCAUAUUAUGAGUGGGAGCCUGUAACCCCACCAACCCCACCAAGGAAAAAAGCUAGAUCUUCACAUACAGAAGUGCCAGCGGAAACCUGCUCUGAAGAUCCUAGCCAGAGUCUCCUGCGUCGAAAGGCCAAAAAAGGCAAGUCAAUCCUAACCCAAACUGUAUUGACAGGUCCUGUUUUUACAUCUUCCGACUCAUUGAUAUAUGGACCACUAACAUCAUACCACUCGUGUACGAAAAUAGAACACAGAGAAAAAUCAACACAAACUGUUGUUUUCGGUCCAGUUGUUAUUAAGUCCAAAAACAUUUAUAUUGAUUAAUUAUUUUAAUUAUUCAUCAUGGCAUUCUGCAAAGAUCUUGGAUUUGAACUACAACUAGUAUUUUCAGACUCUAAACCAUCUGCUACACACCUAACUGUUGGCAGUGUCCUGGAAAUCUUCAGCUUUGGAAAAUCAAAAAAAAUGGAAUAUAAAAGUAUUGUUGAAUGUAUUGGACAAAUUGUGGCUAUUAGAGAUGUUAACAUUCAAGCAUGUAUUUCAAAAAUUCACCGUGCUGCCAGUUCUGACAAAAAGAAAAGGGGAAAGCUGAAAGAAGAAUUUAGAAAUGAAACAUUCAUAGUGCCAACAGAGUCCACAUCAGCCUCCACCAUAGCUUCUACUUCUGGCUGUACCUUAGUCUCUCUACAAAUGCCUAGUACAGCAACACUAACAACAGAAACAAAGGAGAAAAAAGUUAACAUCUUACAGACACAGUUGAAAGAAAGAAGACUCAAAGUGCAGGAGUUAGUACAAUCAAAUAAAUUAUUGAAAAGAAAGUUAGGUAGAAGAGAGUCCAAGAAAUGCAGAGAAAGUUUCCAAAGGAAGGUGGAGAAGGAGACAGCGGUUGCUCUGAAAAGUGUGAAGACUGUUCAAAAAGAGCUCAAGGUUAAAACAGCCCUUCUUACGAAAGCCCAGACCAGAAGUAAGAACAAUUAUUCUUCUCUGAUCAACGCGAAUCGAAAAUUGAAAUCAUUGGAACACAGAGUAAAGAGUUUGGAAAAUGACAAGGAAAAAUUAGAUGCAAUUUUGCGAAAGACAGAGGAAGAAAAGAAAACCAUAUGCGACAGAAACAAGAUUGUCUUAAAAGAAAACAAAGAC